AUUUUGAAAUUUAAUGAUAGUUUAGUGAUGUUGACUAUAGUUUACCCUAUCUUACAUACUUCAAAAUACAAAAUUUCAAUCCUUCAAGUUUUUGAAUCAACAAAAAUGUCCCAUAUCACUGCUCUGCCGAGUUUUGGAAUCGUAUGUUCAGCUCACAAGGUUGGGCGGAAAGGAAAGAAGACAGCUCCCAAAACCAAGACGAGCAAAGACACCAUGGGCUUUAGUUCAGGGAGGAAGGAGAUAUGGCGGUGUGUGGAAAACUGCGGCGCAUGCUGUAAGCUGGCCAAAGGCCCUGCUUUCCCCACGCCUGAAGAAAUUUUCAGUGACCCGUCUGAUAUUGAGCUAUACAGAAGCUUAAUAGGUCCCGAUGGAUGGUGCAUCCACUAUGAGAAAAACACACGCACUUGCUCCAUUUACCCUGAUCGUCCAUAUUUUUGCCGAGUGGAAGCUGAUAUAUUCAAGAAGCUAUAUGGAAUUGAGAAUAGAAAGUUCAACAAGGAAGCUUGCAGUUGCUGUCGGGACACCAUCAAGGCAAUUUAUGGACCCAAUUCCAAGGAAUUGAAUAACUUCAACAUCUCCAUUAAAGAUUCUUCCUCUGCUCUUUCUACCGGCGUUUAGUAUUGUUGUUGAUGACUUGAAUAUAUACGAUUUAUACAGUAUUUGAAUUUAAAUUUGCAAAUUUAUUCUAUAAA